AUGCCGGCGCUAUUGGAGGACCCAGAGUCUGGCGUGAUUUAUCGUGCAUCCGGCCAGGGUCCGUACCCAACUGCAGAUAAUCCACAGAUACCAUCGUCGAUAUUCCCAAGACCGGUGACUUUAAGAGAUCGGGUCACGAUUGCGACUUUGAUUCCAUUCUUUUCUCCGGAUGCUGUUCCGAAGCGCCUUCUCGCCUACCUGGGCGAAAGUCUUAACAGGGAAAUCGAGGGCGGGGACACUUAUCCCAUGAUCAAUACCCUUCCUCUUGAGACGUUUGGACCUUAUUGGUUUGGAAAUUUUGGUGCGGUCAUGGUUCUGGGUGAUAUCGGGGGGAUCGAGGCUGUUAACGACAUGGAGCGUGGAGGUGCCGAUUGGAGCAAACUUUGCCUCGGAAGUUUCUAUGUGAAACCCAAUUAUCCAGGUAGAAGUAGCCAUGUUUGCAAUGGUGGGUUCCUGGUUACACAUGCCGCUCGAAACAAGGGGGUUGGAAAGUCGAUGGGUCAAUGCUACCUGGAUUGGGCGCCUCAAUUGGGUUAUUCAUAUUCUGUCUUCAAUCUAGUGUAUGAGAGUAAUACUGCAUCGACAAGGAUCUGGGAUUCACUCGGGUUUAAACGCAUUGGGAGGGUCCCUGGCUGUGGAAAUCUGAAAUCUUCCGAGGAACCAGUCGAUGCGAUUAUCUACGGAAAGGAUCUCAAAUCGGAGAGUGAAAAUGUACUAUCAGAAGAACGCUUCGACAAAAUUCGAUACUAUCUACGACAUUCACUCUAUCCGCAAGGAGCCGAUAGAUCAGAGAAAAGCCGGCUAAGGAGUGCCGCUACCCAUUAUAAACUUGUCGGAGGACAGGAUGGUGUUCCAGAGAAACUGAUGUUGAAGGACAAGGAAGUCAUCUCGGACCCUCAGGCACAGUACGAGAUUGCCAAGCAAAUCCACCUCCAGGCACAUGGCGGAAUCAACAAAACUACAGCCAUCAUAGCCACCAAAUACCAUUGGAUUCGCAUAAAAGAAACAGUCAGCCACGUCAUCAAGAACUGUCCAGAAUGCAAAGACACCAACAAACCCCCGAUAUUGCGCUCCGAAAACCGACCAGGACGAAGUAAAACCAUUGACGAGCCACCUGCAACACUCCCACAACCUCUCCCCACCCCCGACGUCCUCGUGCAACCCCAGGAAGACCUUACAAACAACCACCUUACCAACCACGACUUCACUUCGAUCCAACAACCCAUGGAUCUUGCGAACGAACAUCUCCCGGACGCCGACGCACACCUACACGCCUACGACGACAUGGCUAUCGACCCACAGAUCAUGGAGCAGAUUCAAGCGCAACUCGACUCGGAGUACGCGCAGAAUCCACACAAUUUCGUCCCCGCGGGGAUGCCGACGUUUGCAGACACUUCACAUCUACAGGCUCAUCACGAUCCUCACGACUUCACGGCCCAGCAGACAGACCACCAGUUCAUGCAUGAUCCCACAUCGACCAUGAUGGGCCAUGAUCACGUCAUGGACGACGGUGGCGCGGGCACCGGCCUCAAUAACAUGCAGCCCAUGCAGCACGUUCUGCCCAUGGAUUACAUGAAUCCGCAGAAUAACCAACAAUACAAACUCGAGCAAUAA